AUGCAAACUGCAUUCCAAAGAGGAAGUUUAGCUAUUUCAAAUAAGUCAUGUGGAUGGAAACGAACUGCUAUUAUAUUUGUUAAUGUUAUUACUUUCCUCUCUGUAAUUACAACCAUAAAUUGUAAUUUAUUACAUAAUGGAAACAGCUCUUUGGAUAAUAACGAAUUAGGAGCUAAUCAUGCAUUAUCACAAAAAAAUUCUAGUUCUAUGGCAAAAGUGGAAAGUAAUGCGAAGGAUAUUGAUCAUCAUUUUGUAGAGAGCUAUUCCAGCAAGAAAAACUCCACAAAAUUGCUAAAUCAAGAUCUUAAAAGUGAAUUGAAGAAAGGUUUUCAGAACAUUACAAACACAGUUGAAGGAAAUAAUUUGACCUCAAAAUUUUUCAAUUCUGUUGAAUUCAAUUUUUCAAUAAAUGUUCACAAAUGUAUUACUGAACACACAGAACUAAAAAAAUAUCUUCAAAAAAUCUCACUGAUUUUUUAUUUCUCAAAUAAAACACAUAAGCUUGAAAACGAAGGCUUGAAUUAUAGUUCUAAUAAUACCUGGAAAAUUAAGAAUGAUAGAGUUUCAAAUUCGACUAUAAAAAUGAAUAUUGCAACUAAUUCAGGAGAAAUCAACAAUGAUCUUGAUAUAAUCAUUCACCCUGAAAUAUUUAUAAACUCUGUUCACACAACAAAUGCCACAUGGACAGACCGACUGUUGGAUAUUUCAAAUAUAAAUUCAACUCCUUUGAAUUUGUUAAAUAUAACAAAUAAUAAUCAGGGUGGUGAAUCAAUAAUCAAUUGUAUCUGUAUAUUCGUUUCUGAAAUCCAGUCAAAUCUAGGACUGAAUAAGUCUUCUUUAGAAGUAUGUAAUGGAAAAAUUCAGGAAAUUAUCACAGCAAUUAAGUUAAAUCCAGAAGCAAAAUUUGAGUUGACUCAAUUAUCAUUAGAUCGCCCUCCUUCCAAAUUAGUCAUUCCUAAUAAUUUAAAGAACAAGGUAAUUGGAACUAGCUGGAAGGAAUCCAUUGCAGAAGGGAAAGAACUUCUAUCUAAACAUCUGUUGAGCAGAACUGAACAAGGACUUGAAGUUACAUAUAAUAGUGGCAAUGAAAUUUUAAGGCAGUUGAAUGCUGAAAACCCAAACACUGAUGAUGGAAAGAACGAACCUAGUUAUGAAACAAUCAAUGGAAAUUCAUACUUUGACUCGCGCGAUAUAAAUGGCAAUUCCUGUGUAUACAUACCUUAUGAUCAGGGAAACUGUGGGGGUUGUUAUGCCUUUGUUGUUAGUGCUUCAGUAAGUAUUUCAAAUUGUAUUCAAAAGUUGGAGCUACCUGCACCGCUUUCUCCUCAGCAAAUAAUUGAUUGCAGUAUGAGCUUUGGGAAUUUGGGAUGUGAUGGUGGGUUUUACUCAAAUGGUUGGAGUUAUUUACUCGAACAAAAUGUGCCAAAAAACUACAUUUGCUCAUGGGAUGAAUACCCAUAUAUCGAUUCGCUGGGUAGUUGCAAAGCGGGUAAUUGUAAUGGUUGUUUGAACAUAAGUAAAUACAGCGUUUUCACCGAUCUUGCACUAAAUGGUGAUGAUGGGUGGGAUUUUGUGACUACAAUUCUCCCAAAGGUUGGGUCGAUCUCGUUAAGUGUAAAUUCCGAUUUACCAGGUUUCAGUAGUUACUCUGAUGGAAUCUAUAAGGCAACUAAAUGCACAACUUUUUCUGAAUUAAACCAUGCAGUUAUUAUGGUUGGAUUUGGAAUAAGUGAUGAUGGUGAGAAAUAUUAUGUAAUACAAAACAGUUGGGGUGCUUCAUGGGGUAUAGCUGGUUUUAUGAAUGUUUCUGCCAAUUCGUGUGACAUGUUUUGGUAUCCAGGUAUUAUCCUUCAAAGAUCAUCAGAAACUCUUCCAGAUGAAUGCAAAGGAAAUAAAUUGUUGCUUACCGGUCCAGGAGAAAUAAACAAAGCGCAAAAAGUUUCUAAAGCUUAUAAUAUCUUCACGAAAGAAUCAUACUACGUGGUUCAAUUAUUUAUUUUUGCCUUACUACUAAUGUAUUUGUAG